CAUCUCUUACUCUAAAUAUCUCUCCCUAUACCUUUCUCCUUUAAUUUGCGCUUUUUCCCAUUUAAUUUGUUUGCAUUCUCAUCCUCUUAUUCUUUUCUCUCUCCUAUAUUUCUCUUCUUCUUUGACUCAUUCGAUACAUUUUCUUUUGUCCAUUUCCUCAUAAAAUAAACUACUUAAAAUGUAUCAAAACCAGGAGUAUCCUUUUCCCUGUUUGUGUUGCCACCCUCAUAGUUAUAUUAGAAUGGUUCAAAAUCUCAUAGAGAGAUGUUUGCUUCUCGGCAUGGAUAGAGAUCGAUGCGUUAAGGCGCUAGCUAUACAUGCUAGAAUCCCUCCACUCGUAACAUUAACAGUGUGGAGAGAGCUUCUGAAGGAGAACAAGGACUUCUUUCAAGUUUACUUCAACAAUAUAUCUUCACGACCCUUCUUAAGCAGGCAUUAUCAAAGAGAAUCAAGAUUUGGAAGAAGGAAACAAUGGAAAUAAAUGCAAAUUAAGGAACAGAUAUUAAAUAUCGAAGAACUAGGGUUUUCUGGAACUUGACAUAAUGAUUACAGUUAGAUUUCUAAUUAGGAAGGCCAGCUCACUUAGUAUUCAAAAGUCUUAUCUUUUUUUCCUUUUCCUUUGUUAACCUUGUUUUGGAGGUCGUAUUUUAACUUAGUGCACCGGGCUGCCAUUUUUUUCUUUUUAUGUGUGUUUAAACGUUGAAACAUUUGAUUUAAAGCUUGAACUCUUGGUAAUCCAACAAUAAAUCUUGAAAUUUAGCAAAAGUUGAAAGUAA